CAUGGCGCUGGCCGGCGAUGGUGGCGUUGACGCCCCCGCGGGGUUCACCCUCGCCGGCUGUGUGGCCGCGCUGGAGGCGGUGCUGGGCGGCGGGGGCGUCUGGUUCAAGGAGAGCAGCGGGCGCAACCUGAGCUCCCGCGACUGGAUCGGGCCCAGGGGCGCCCUGAGCAAACUGUACCCGCAGGGUCAGGUUCCUGAAGAUCUCAUAGAAAGGCUGCUGUCUGAGUAUCGUCAUCGCCUGUACAUUCACAGCUGUGUGCAGACCGGAGCUGGGGUAGUCAUUCACUUGGACCAUCCUGCCCUUUUUAAGCAGGUUCUGAGCAAUCUCCCUCUCUACACAAGACCUCUGAAGUCUGUGCUGCCAAAGAAGAAAUGUGCGAUUCUCAACUGCACACCUCUGCAGGCGAGUAGGGGACCUGAAUCACUGACCAUUAAUCAAUUACGAGCUAUCCUCCUGGCAGACCAUCUGGCUGAAGUGUUAAGGCAACAAGGCUAUGUCGUACGUACAGUGCCAAAUCUUCAGCAAAACGCUGCAGUCUGCAACUUCCUGAAAUCAGUAGGAGUCAACUGGACAUGCUCCCUACAAACUGCUUCAGACAACAGAAGAGUUUCUGACUUCAAAAGGAUUCUCUCAGAGUCAGUGUACACACAACAUGGGCAGUUGGAAGCUCCUACGGAUCAGACACCUAACAUGUUGCCAAAAGAUGUGCAAUACAAGGUGCACUUAAGACAGUUCGUGGAGGAGAAGGAACUAGAAGGUUACGAUACAAAUUUGGAUGUGGCUUUGGUGCAGGAGGAAGCCCUGAGACAGAUAGCAGAGCUUCAGCACACAGUCUUGCAGGAGGAUCCGGACCAAUGUAUGGUGAUCCACGUGGUGGGCUGUGAGCAGGAGUUUCAGCAGCAGAAGAUUGAUGUGCUCUGGAGGAUACUGAAUAGCGAGAUUAAUCAAGUAACUCAGAGACACCUUGUGUGUGGCCCAGUGAAAACAACUGGUGAACACUUGCAUAUCAAUGCUGUUCAGUAUUUUGAAUAUCGAAGGUCUCAAAUGCAAGAAACAUCUGUAAUGAAGUAUGGAAACAUAGUGCAAGGUGAUUCAUGGGCUGAAAUAAUCAAUAGCAUGACCUCAGCUGUUAUAAGGUUUGAACUGCUGGCAACCGCACACCGCAGUCCACUGAAUUUGGACCUGGCACAAAGAGUCAAUAUCUCAACCAAAGGAACAAGGAGUGGUGCAUUUGUCAUGUACAACUGUGCCAGGCUUGCAACGUUGUUCGAUCAUUUCAACAAUUCUGUGGAGAAAGGAUUGUACCCACAUUUCCCAGAAACAUCCCAGUUGAAUUUUUCUGCACUCCAGGAAGAGGGCGAGUGGCUGUUGCUGUACAAUUACAUUAUUCCUUUCCGAGAAGUUCUUGCCCAGAUAACACAGUCCAUGAGUUCAGCUAAAGGGAUCCAUCUGAGCAUCAACACAGAAACAGUGUGCAAGUUUCUUGUAAACCUCAGUAUGGAUUUCAGCUCCUAUUACAACCGUGUGCACAUCCUGGGAGAACCAUUGGAGCAUUUGUUCAACCAGAUGUUUGCACGCCUGCAGUUGAUGAAAGGAUUGAGAGAGAUUUUUCAUACGGCACUGGGUACACUUCACAUCCCACCACCCAGCCAGCUCUGAGAAUCCAGUAUGUCCAGUAUUCCAUUCCACACCACCAGGUUGAAGGAACCAAGAACCACGUGGCCUUCAUCAGCCUCAGACCAGUUGACUGAAGUGGAGCAACCUCAACGUUCCUUUGUCAGUGCCAUGUCUCUACUCGGACCUCCUCCAUAUAAUCCAAUGACCAUACCGAAUGGUGGCAGUCUGAUAAUAGAUCUGCUUCAUCCACUAUUCCUGUUAACUCUCUGCACAUCAUCCAGACAUCCUGGGGGCUUGUAUCCAUACUUAUCAGAAUCAAAUGCUGGCAUUGGGUGGUACUGUGUGAAACUGGUCUCUCUGGGUUGGCACAAGAUCUUCAGUAAUUGGGAGAUCCGUUAUUCAUCCUCUUCCGUGAAAAUCACUCAUCCUGUGUGACCAACCCUUGACCUGAACAGAUUCCAUUUCCUUUGUACUAAUUUAUCUCAGCUGUUUCUUAAAUAAAAAUAACUUUUU